UUUUCCUCUCUCUCCCUGUCACUUGCCUCCUUGCACCCAACACACUCUCCGGCUGGAGCAUCGACGGCCAUCAAUUUCAGCAGCCCCGUUGAAGCAGUACCACUUUUCCUCAGAUUGCCCUUCCUUUUGGUAGCCAAGGUAAUUUUUUUUUUUUGCUUUAGUUGGAAUAAACUUCGGGGGAGUCUUUACAAGUUUGUGGGAUUAUGGCGGUGUCAAUGUCCCGAAAGCUUUUGCGUUCCUUUUAUGGGUCCUUAUGUGCACUUGGCCGCUAUGAUUCUCCAAGUAUCACAUGUCAAUCGCUUCGAACUUCUCAUGAUUUGUAUGGCCAUCUUUAUCGGGAUAGCGUAUUUUCUUCCGGGUCUUGUGGUCUUUUCAAGGGUGGAUCAUCUAUCCUCGCUAAUCGAUGGCUUUCAACUUCCAUUCUGACUCCUGAAUCGAGUGAAGGAGCAUUUCCCUCUGAUUUAUUGUCCAAGAAGCCUAUGGUAACAACGGAGCGUACUAUAGGGCUUUAUCAGGACCUGGUAAUUCCAGUAACAAAUUUUCACAAUGAAGACAAGGGCUUCAUGGUUUUGGCUGGUGAUGUUUUUGACGUGCCUAUUAGGAAGGAUAUUAUUCAUCGUGUUGUACUAUGGCAACUUGCAAAACGGCAACAGGGAACACAUUCAACAAAAACCAUUAGUGAGGUUAGUGGCACUGGGAGAAAGCCGUGGCGACAGAAGGGUACUGGUCGAGCAAGGCAUGGAACUUUGCGUGGGCCCCAGUUUAGGGGUGGUGCUACUAUGCAUGGCCCUAAGCCACGAAGUCAUGCUAUCAAGCUGAAUAAGAAGGUUCGGCGUCUAGGGCUGAGAAUUGCUUUGACAGCUCGUGCAGCAGAAGGAAAGCUUCUGGUUUUUGAUGAUUUGGAGGUUCCUACACAUAAGACCAAGAAUUUGGUGAACUAUGUCAAGCAAAUGGAGAACACGAAGAAAGUUCUGCUGGUGGACGGUGGCCCCAUAAAUGAAAAGCUGAAGUUGGCCACACAAAAUCUACAUUAUGUCAAUGUAUUGCCAUCGAUAGGUUUGAAUGUCUAUAGCCUUCUGCUUCAUGACACACUGGUGAUGUCCCGUGACGCCGUGAACAAAAUUGUUGAGAGGAUGCAUACUCCAAUUAACCGUUAAAGCACUAUCAAAAUUAUAAGCUCUACUCCAGUAGCUGAGAAUAGGAAUGAUUUUCCCUUUUGAGGGAAAGGAAAAACCCAAAAAGUAAUCAUGUCGUUUCUGUCAAAACCAUGCAGAUGCGUGGCUGGAUAUGUUGAUUUUUCUUGUGUAUUGACCUUGUAGUCAUCAGCUAGGAGUUUUGCAGAUGAAUUUUGGCUAUUCUCAAUCAUAAUGACCAGAAAGCAGUCACUUUCUCCCA